ACUAUAAAAACAAAUAAAGUCAAAAACAGCUGUCGAAUUUUGUUAUUGUGAAUGGUGUGUGUUGUGGAUUUGUCCAAUUAUAUAAACUUAAAACUUGGACUUUCACUCGAUUUCUACCUACGGACUUACUCAGACUUCCAAACCCAACCAAAAUGCAGACUUUACGGCAACUUGUCCUGGCUUCAGGUUUUAAAAUGAGGAGAAAGGUUUUCACGCAAACCUUUUGCCAGGAGAAGUACAAACGUUACUCAACUACGCCUCCUGGGGUGAAAGCCGAGCAGCAGUUUAGCAUACCUAAAGGUAUCCUAGGGCAGCCCACCUGUCACACGCACCCCCACAUGAUAGGGCCGGGGCAGCUGACGUGCGGGAUCACUCAGGCGGAGUACCGGGAGAGACGGGAGACGCUGGUGGCCAAGCUGCUAGCCGAGUCACAGGACGCUCAUAAGAACCAUAUUAUAGUGAUCCCAGCGGCGUGCAAGCAGUACAUGUCGGACAAGAUCCCGUACACGUUCCGGCAGAACUCCGACUUCUACUACCUGACAGGGUGCCUGGAGCCAUCCGCUGUACUUGUGAUACUGAAAACCCCGCAGACUGAAGAUUUCAAGAACAUCCUGUUCGUGCACGACAAGGACGCGCAGGCGGAGCUGUGGGAGGGCCCGCGCUCGGGCUGCGCCGCCGCCGCGCGCCUCUUCGCCGUCGACGAGGCGAGGCCGGUCGAGAGCUUCCAGAACUUUCUUAAUAAGACCACAGCCUCGUCCCGAUCAACCCUCUGGUACCACAGCGAGUCGCCAGCCAACCCGGAACUCCACCCCACCAUACGAGCCUCACUCCGGGACUCCACCACCCUGGCUGACCCGCGCCGCGCGUUGCACUUCAUGAGGGUUGUGAAGUCCCCGGCUGAGAUCGAGCUGAUGAGGGAGACGUGCUAUGUGGGCGCGCAGGCGAUCAAUAUGGCUAUGGCUUGCACUAAGCCUGGCAUAUCAGAGAGCAUAGUCCAAGCCGUCCUAGACUAUAGCUGCCGGCAGGCGGGAGCGGAGCACCCGGCCUUCCCGCCCGUGGUGGCCGGGGCGGCGCGCGCCACGCACAUACACUAUGUGGCGAACAACCAGCUGUUGGGGGAUGGGGAUUUGUUGUUGGUUGAUUCUGGCAGUCAGCGCUGGCUGUACAACUCGGACAUCUCGCGCACGUGGCCGGUGUCGGGGCAGUACUCCAAGCAUCAGAGGAUCUUGUACGAGCUCGUUUUAGCUGUGCAGAAACGCCUAAUCGAGUUAUUAAGCGAGUACCGGCCGCCAUUGGACCAGCUGUUCGACUCCAUGUGCCGCCUGCUCGGGCAGCACCUGCAGCAGGAGGGGAUCCUGCCGCGGAAUAUUGAUGGGAACGAGCUUAUUGGGAAAGCGUACCGUCUGUGCCCGCACCACGUGUCGCACUACCUCGGGCUGGACGUGCACGACACGCCGCUCGUGCGCCGCAGCCAGCCCGUCACCGCCGGCAUGGUCGUCACUGUGGAACCAGGCAUCUACAUCCGUCCGGACGACGACUCAGUGCCCGUCGAGUUCCGCGGCUGUGGCGUCCGCGUGGAGGACGACGUGUUGUUGACAGACGCCGGCGCGGACGUGCUGACCGCGCUGUGUGUGAAGGAAGUUGCGGAUGUGGAGGCUAUUGUGGGGAAGCAUAGUUUGUAGGGGGGUUUAGAGUGUGUAGGUUGUAGGUGA